GUCAAUUUAUUAUCAGAGAAUGUAACAAAAUAUAAUAAUAUUACUACAGUAAAUGUCUAAUCGUGGAAAUAUUAAUCUCUUUUAAUGAAAUUUUACGUGUGACCUAAAUACUUAAAAUCUUUUAAAUAAAAUAUAUUACUCCAAAGUAAACUUAAAAAAUGGACGUGGAUAAUGACCCAUUGGAUCAAAACUUACUACGUCAAUUCAAUUGUCUUUGUACGACAGAUAAAGAAAAUCUGGUUAAAGGUCUGCGAGAAUUAAUUGGCGAACAACUAACAGAAUCGGCAGCAGUUUUUUUCUUAGAGAUGAACGAUUGGAAUAUGCAUAGAGCUGUUGGUACAUAUUUUGAUGUUAAUUCUGAAAAUGCCUUACCAUCAAUGUCUUUAGUGAGAGAUGAAAAUAGUGAAAAUGUAUUACAAUUACCUCCUAAUCUUAGAUUUACUAAAUGUUGGGAAGUUAAAAAUAAUGGACGUAAUGCAUGGCCUCCUGGUUGUACACUUCAAUUUAAUGGUGGUGAUUUUAUGUCUGUUUACAAUUCACUUCCAACCACUACACUUGAACCAGGCUGUACUAUGACACUUAGUACUGAUUUUGUUACACCUUCUAAACCAGGUUCUUACCAAUCUAAGUGGCGAAUGAUGCUUCCUACAGGAACUUAUUUCGGAGAUACCAUUUGGACUUUAGUACAAGUUGAAGAUGAUUCAUUUCAAAAUGAACUGUCUAGACAACUUGUUGAAAGUAUAGACCUUGGUUCACCAGCACAAAGUUUACAAAACUCAUCAAAUCCAUUUUCAACAACUCAACAAAAUCAAACGGUUAACCAAGAAUGUGACCAGACUGAAACAAAUAUGGAGAGUGAUAUAUUGUGAUUUUUGACUUGCAACUCAUCUGUUGUUAAAAUUAACAUUUUAAAAUUUGUUACAUUGUAUCCAUUAUUAUUAAUCUUAACAUUUAGUUGUUUAGUCAUAGGAUUAAGGUCACUAAAUUUAAAUAAUAAUAAGUUAUAAGCUAAGAUAUUAA